AUGGGAAAUAAUCUGAACUAUUUGCACAUCAGCUUCUUUGUGCAUUUAGAAGGUACUGCUGGCAAGACAUACAAGAUGAUCUCACGCCAGAUUGAUGUGGAGACGCUAGAAGAAGAGGACGACAAUGAUCAAGACGAAGUUGAUGCAACUGAAAAUGACAUUCAUGCACCAACUUAUGUCAAGAUGAAGAAAGAACUGCAGCAGGGACAAUUCAACAUCAUCUAUGCUCAUCCAGAGACUCUUCUAAACAACAAGACAGUUGGACGUCUACUCAGAUCUCCACUUUUCCAAGAAAAAGUCUGCGCUGUUGUUGUUGAUGAAGUGCACAUGAUAUCCGAAUGGGGGGCCAAAAUUCAGAACAGCAUUCAAAAAUUAUCAGAGGUUAUCUGCAUUUUUUCAAAUGCUGCUCAUCUGGCACUGACUGCAACUGCUAACCCUCAAGCCAUUAAAGAACUUGUUGCAGAUCUUCAGAUUGUCGACUUUAAGACGAUCAGAAUAAACCCUGAUCGGGUGAACAUUUUUCUGGAGAUUCAAACUCGUCUGCCAAAUAUCAGGAAACAAGAAAAAUUAGACAACCUAAUUCAACCACUUGCUGAAGACCUGUGUGAUCGUCUGGCUGGAUUCCCUCUUACAGUUGUUUACAUCAACAAUGAUGAGGCACUGGGAUAUUGCUAUCAGUACGUAGCAAGACAUCUAAAGGAAAAGGCAUACAUUCCUAAAGAAUCACCAAUUCCAGAAAACCGGAUUUUUGCUCAGUACCACAAGGCAUACACAGAUGAAAUGAAAACACACAUUGUGUCUGAACUGAGGAAAUACAAACCAAAAAUUAGGUUGGUCCUGGCCACUGUUGCCUUAGGCAUGGGUCUGAAUGCACCUAGCAUACGACGUGUAAUCCAUUUUCAACCCCCUACAACCCUUGAGAAGUAUUUCCAGGAAAUAGGUCGGGCAGGACGAGACGGCAAAAAGUCCAGUGCCCAACUAUUUUACAACAAGAAUGACAUUGCAAAGAAUCGUGAGGAUAUGUCAGAGGCAAUGAUCAAGUACUGCACAAACAGGACCACUUGCUUGAGGUUACAGCUUGUUUCAUAUUUUGGUUUCGAUUCAGUCAUGUUUUCGGAUAACCCAGCUGAUUGUUGCAUUAACUGCAGGACAACUAAGACAGGAAUGUGAAAUUUGUGAUUAUAUAACUUGACUGGGUGUUCUACUACACAGAACGAGUAUGGCCUCACAAAUGUAAUGUAGAGGUACCUGCGGAUUCUGUAAAAAGGGGCUGCUUACACUAACCAUGCUGACAGUGAUGAAUCUCCCUGUGAGUUCCGAGUAUUGUUCGCAACUACAUUUAGAAGGGUGCAUUAUUAUACUUCGUCAGGCGUCCCACGGAACACUUAUUUACUGAAUAAUUGCCUAGACAUAAUGGGAAGUGACUCAGGAUCUGAGAUAGAGGACUCGGUGGCUUAAAGUCCAUAGGA